UGUGUGUGUGUGUGUGUGUGUGUGUGUGUGUGUGUGUGUGUGUGUGUGUGUGUGUGUGUGAGAGUGAGUGUGUAUGAGGGCGAUGCUGUGUGUGGCGCGCAGGAACAUGUCCCAGAAGCUGAGUGUGUUCCUGGUGCUGCUGGGCUUCUGUUGGGGCCUGCUGCUGCUGCACUACACGCUCUCGCGACCGCACCACCAGAGCAGCGCCCAGCUACGCCAGCAGAUCCUGGAUCUCAGCCGACGCUACGUCAAAGCCCUCAGCGAGGAGAGCCAGGACCCGUCCGGACUGCAGGGAACCUCCAUGGCCGGUUACGCGGAUCUGAAGCGAACCAUCGCUGUGCUGCUGGAUGACAUCCUGACCCGUCUGGUGAAGCUGGAGGGCCUGGUGGACACGGCUGUGAAUGCCUCAGCCGUUAACACCUCCCACGCAGUAGGGGGCGCUCUCUUGUCCCCACCUGCAACUUUACAGAGGCUCCUCAAAAAGGACAUCUCUCUCCACCAGCUUCAAGUUGCUGCCCAGACCAAAACAGAAGCAGCUGCAGCGAAACACCAAUCACACACUCCACACCGACCACGCACGAGAAGUCGAGACUGAACUGAGAUGUGUGU